GUCCUCUGUGCUUUGUUGAAGCCCUCGAGAGCCUUUCGGCACUCUGGCACCUCAGCCCAGGACGUUUUGCCGAGAACUCCAAGCGGCUGCGAAUGCCGUUGCGAAGCUGCCUCCUUGGAGGCAACUGCUGCAGCAGCUCGGAAGCGAGCGUUGAGGUCCUCGGGAUGAUCGACGCGUAUGUCCACGGCCGUCAUCGGGCCCUUGAGCGCUGUAAGACGUUGCGCUUAGUAGUUAGCAGCGUAGUUAGUCAACUGUGCCACGCGUUUGACAUUCUCAUAUGCCUUCCGCUUGACGUCCAGUUGUUCGUUCGCGGAGACAUUGUAUGCCUUCCACGCAAUAGGGCACUGCUGGCGGUGGUGCGCGCAUCCGCAAAAUUCGCAGAUGUUCUCGCACUGCUUUCAGUGGUGACCCGCAAGACUGCAAGUAAAACAGACUAGGUCUGCAUCUUGUGCAAUAGGCACCUGCGGGCGACUAGAAUUUGGAGGACUCGGGGGUUGCGGCCCACGAUACUGACAAUAAGUUCCGUAGGCUAUUUGACAGCACUGGCGUGCUAGCGACAGAGCGCAUAGCACAAUGCACUUGAAGGAUCUGCGAAUUACG